AAUAUAAUGAAAUCACAGUUAUCCCCUCAGAGAAAAGUGAGAGUCACUGCAAUAGAAUCAAAGAUUGAAAAAGUCUGCCAACUCUUUGGCAAUUUUAGAGAAGCCAGUGAGCUCAGGAAGGCAUAUAAGAAGUUAGCAGUGAUCCCUAAGAAACUCGCUAAGAUGAAUUUAGUCUGAACACAGCCAUCGAGUGAUUUAUAAGUAAAAUGUGCAAGCAGAUAAACCCAAAACUUUUUGAAAAGGAUAUCACCAUUGAGGAUAUACAUGAGGAGAAGCAGAAGUCAAGGAACUUCGACAGCAUCGAUAAUGAAAAUCUAGAUUCAGACUCUAAGCUAGAAAAACAAUAUUCUGUUGAUUUAAGAGGGUUUUCAGAAGUAAAGAAGAAAAGAAUUGCGCAGAAUGAACAGCUUGUGAAUGGUAGAAAUUCUUCUGUGAUGAACUUGGAAUCAGCUGGAACUAGCUCAGGUCUCAUUAAAUUUAACAAAGAUUAUUACAAUUUGCUAAUGAAACAAAAUAAAAGAGGAUUUUAUCCUCCAAAGGCUUCUCGGAUUCAGAAUAUCUGAGUAGGCACUAAAACUUUGAAAUUUAAUGAAAUGAACAGAGAGAAAACUCUUAAAAGUUUAAAACGGUCCAAUAAGAAAUCUUAUUAUGCCUUGUUGAAAUAAGGAGUUUCAGAAUGGCCUGAAGAGGAUGAGCAGGAACUCUAAUAAUGGAAGACAAAAUACAAAGGAUCUGAGGAAUAACAUGAGUGUCCUUAGUAAUCAUAAGAAGAGCAAGCAAUUGAAAUCCAGAUCUGAGUCUGUUGAGAAGCUGAUUAGGAAUAAAACAAUCAAAUUAAAGAAGAAUUUUUAUAAGCCCUGAGCAAGUAUUCUUACAAUCAACCAAGUUCAUCUACCUUAUAUCAACUAUGAAACUGGUUACUCCGAGAAAAAUCCGGAAUUUCGGAGGACACAAAAAGCCUAUUGUCAAACUGCAUCAGAUUCAAAACUACGACAUCAUCUCUCAGUAAGCAAUACACGUAUGCGAGGAAACGAAAGCCCGUAUAAGAAAAUGACUCAGUCAAACAAGAAACAAACUCUUUCUCCAACUAAAACAAAAUAUUUGAUUGAUCUCUCUAUCAGCAAAGAGAUGGACGAGCUUCAGAACUCAAACGGGAACGUGUCUUCCCUCUUUACCUUAAAAGAGAUGUCAGGAAGUUAUGACAAGCCUAUCAAAAGGCCAAAAAGGAUCUCCUUGGACCCAAAAUAUGUUAAGACUAAGUAAGAUAUUCU